AUGGAGCCUAAAGGAAACUCAUCAAUCUCCGGCGAUCUCAAGACCAACAAGAAGACCGUCGCCUCCUCCGCGACUCCAAGGGCAAGCCGGAAGUCUACCGGUUCCUCCGCCAUCGUGAUGAAACCUAACGGGAAGUCUCCUGUUUCGUCUGCUCUCUCCUCCGCGCGUGGCGAUCAAGUGAUGCUCUUUAGAGAUGUUUCACUCGGCCCACACGAAGCCGACUUGAGGUUUCGACUGAUACAUUUUUGGGAGGCUCGAAAUUCAAACUCGAAAACGCUCAUUGGACAGGAGAUGCUCCUCAUAGAUGAAGAGGGGACUGUUAUUCAAGGUUUUGUACCAGCGGGUCGGGUUGGGACAUAUGAGCUGGCUUCUGGUUCUGUUUAUAAGCUAAGCAAUUUUUUCGGCUCCAGAAACAAAGCUCAGUAUCGGGUUACGGAUCAUAGCGCCACCAUCACAUUCGCUUGGAAUUCUAAGUUAUCGGUUAUUGAUAACCCUCCGGUUGCAUUUCACGAAGAUAGGUUCAGGUUCUACAGCUACAAGGAGUUUCAGGCCAACUGUGACCGCAAAAUUGAUCUUUACGACUAUGUUGGCCACAUGAAGCUGGUGAAUGAGCAUGCUAUCACUGAAUGUAUGGUCCUCGACGAAGUUGACAUAGCAGAGAAGCGACAUCUAUGUGUUCAUGUUCAGACACAUGGCGGGCCAGUGAUGAAACUCUAUCUAUGGGACCAUGCCGCAUCUGACUUCUGCGAGAAAUUCAAGUCGUAUAGAGGCACUCCAAGCGUUCUUUUGGUCACAACAGUAAACCCUAAACAUCUUGGAGGAACCCUUGCUCUCACUUCGAUGUCAUCAUCUCGAGUGUUUAUGGAUGCCAAUGUCCAGCCUAGCAGGGAUUAUCUUGGCUGGUUGAGUUCCAACUCAGAUAUUGCUAACAAAAUUAAUGCAGAGGUUGUUACUAAGCCUGAGACAGCAACUCUAGCGGAACUUUUCUCCUACAUCAAACUGGAAACUGCUAAGGUUGCGUGGUUUGAAUGCACAACAACUAUAGACGAUGUCGUUCGUGGUUCCGCUUGGUAUUAUAUUUCUUGCGGUGGGUGUAACAGUAAAGCAGUCAAAGAGCCUACCUCACUGAUUUGUAACAACAAGAAAUGUGACAAAAGUGUUGUUACAGGCGUUGCUCAACACCUCACGAGGAUUAAUGUUUAUGAUAAGAGUGAACAGGCAGUUUUCGUGAUCCUUGGUGACGCCGGCAGAGAGUUGACUGGGAAGCAUGCAUCAGAAUUAGUUGCCAGAUACUUUGAGUGUAAUGAGGGCGUAGAGGCUGAUCAGUGCGUGCCGGUACCGCAGGCUCUACUCGAUACAAUAGGGCAGACACAUAAAUUCAUUGUGAAAGUCUCCGAUCAUAAUUUGUCAGGAAAGACCCAAAUCAUUACUGUCACGAAGGUAUUUCCACCAGAGGCUCCGCAUCAUGUAGCUCUCUUGGAAGAACACUCUGUUCCAUCAACAUCUGAUGAUGUCUUGAAGUCUGUACGUGAGGAAUCCAGUCCUAUCAGAGGUCUUGAUGGUACUGUGGGUGAGAGGGUUAGAAAAGCCUCUGCUGGUAUGGAAUCAGAUGAAGCCAAACGUCCCAAGAGUGGCUAA